CGGGGAGCGACACACGUGCAAUACACCCCACGACGUGCGCACGCCACUAACAUGCUCGCUAAGUUGUUAUUGUUAUGCUGUGCGUGUGCCGGUGCCCUGGCAAAGCCGGGGAUACUGGACGGCAUCGGCUACGCGGCACCAGCAUACGCUGCACCAGCGUAUGCCGCGCCAGCGUACGCCGCACAAGCAUAUGCGCCAGCUUAUGCUGCGCCAGCGAUCGCUCAUGCCGUGGCAGCACCAGCGUACGCUCCCGCCAUCGCACACACAUACGCUGCACCCGUCGUCAAAGCUGUUGCAGCUCCGAUUGUGCGCGCUGAGCCUGUAGACCCCAACCCAGCGUACAGCUUCUCAUACGGAGUAGCAGACCCUGCCACUGGAGACCACAAGGAUGCUGCGGAGACGCUGCAGAAUGGAGUGGUGCACGGUUCUUACAGCCUAGUGGAACCUGACGGCCACGUCCGUAAGGUCACAUACACAGCUGACAAGAUCAACGGAUUCAACGCCGUGGUUGAGAGGACGGGAGCUGCUGCCCACGCGGUGGCAGCACCAGUAGCAGUUGCAGCUCCAGUUGCGAAGGUAUACGCCGCGCCUGCGCCGGUUGCGGUGGCCGCACCAGUCGCGCGGUACACGCUGCCAGCUGCCCACGUUGGCGUUGCCCACCCGUGGGGUUAAACCCAUCAACUACGACUGCUAAGCGACCUAAUGUCUUGCUGAACGAUCAGAGAAUUGUGUAAGGAUAUGACAGAAUUUCAACUCUAGUGUUGAGAGUUUAUGAAAAAUGGUUAUAACGAUAAAUUAAUGAUUUUUGACUGAGAUUGUGCCUUAUUACGUAGUUUGGUUAGAAAUCAUAGGCCGCGGCUACAUGGUAAAGGCGAAUAGUAACGUGCUAGUAACUUAACUUUUG